AUGAUAUUUCGAGUGAAUUGCGCACUGAUACAGCUCUUAGGUCUGAAGAGUGCAUUUGCAACCAGCACAGUAGUCGACGACGCAGAGGACAGAAAUAAAGCGUGCUUUGAUGACAUCCAAAAAGAAUACACAAAUUCGAUCAAAGCAUUCAACGACUUUCUUGAGACAAACAACUUUGGAGGCUCGAAAAGCUCACAGAUUGACAGUUUUGUCCACAAUGUGAUCAAUCCCUCCCUUAAAGAUGCCACGAACGAUUUUGAGAAGUACUCCAUUUCCAAAAAUUCCGCCACAAAGGACAAUGCCCUUUCACGUUUCUUUUUUGACAUUUUCAAUCCAGAGACUUUGGGAAGCAAGACCAAGGAUAUUUUAAGAACCGGACUGAAUACCAGUGAUGUUAGCAAGUGCUUGCUUGCCGAUAGCAUGAUGACAGAGCUUUUGGCCAUUGAAGCCAUACCAGCGGAGUUUGAAUCCGAUGUUCUUCAACACGUUCUCAAUUUCUACUUUGGAGCUUUGUUGUGUCUCACGAAAACGUAUCAAGGCAGCAUUGAGAGUGAUACUCUUCAAGCAUAUUUUCAAACUAUCCAUAGCUCUGCAGUGGCUGUUAAGGACUUGGCCAACAGUGCUAUAGAAUUGGUUUACACUAGACAGGAGGAUGCUGAUUCUGAAGACAUCAAGUUUGUUGCCAAAACAGGAGUUGACAAGGAUGCCCUUACUGCAGGUGUUAAAAAUCUUGAGAGCCAGAUCGAGAACUUUGUGUUGCAGUCUGAAACUCUCCUAGGUAAGCUUUCUUCUAAUCCUGUUGCCUCUUCAGUAAGCGAUUAUCGCAAUGCUAUUUUGAAUGCCAUCAAUCUCAUGGAAAUGGCUAAGUCUAUUGGAGAUGUCAUCACUAAUUUCAUUAAGGAUAGCUAUCCAAACGUCUUUUCCCGCGAGAAUGGCGAUUACUACGUUUUCCGUUUAGCAUACUUCGUCGGGUAUUUCGAACUUAGUAAGCAGAUGGUCUAUUUCUCUGUCUCCAAAUCCCACUUCCACAAUAAAUUCAUGAAGAAGCUGGAAGCCCCAGCAGGUGGGUUUCUGGAUGCAUUCGGAUCAUUAGUACCUAAAAUUUUCGUAGAAGACGACGAUUCUGAUAUUCACUUCCUUACUGGUGAAUAUCACGACUACAUCCAGAAGGCCACAGAUAUUGAUGUUAGCCCCACAGCCUUGGUCGUUGUCCCAGAAACCCCAGAAACAGACAACGAUGCAGAGGCUGCACCAGAGACAGAUGUACCAGUUAUUGCCAAAGAUGUGGAAAAGGCAGAAGAACCUUCUAGUGGAACGAAAUGGUAUGAUCUCGUGCUCUACACUCUUGUAUUGGUGGUUUUCGGAAUUGGAGCAUACUAUUUCUAUGCAAGGUAUGCGAAGCUUAGCGAAAUUGAUUAA